GAAAGUGACGAAACGGAGAAAAAGAGUCUAGAGAAGUUAAUUUCUUCCUUUGGGAGCAGCAAGCAAAACCCCCUCUGAGGGAGAUGGAGGUAACAACCGACGACGUGCUGCCGGAGGUAAACGCCGCGGUGGCGGAAAUUCUUGAUCGGAACGACCUGGUGGAGGGACCGAACGCCGCCGUGCUUGCUGACGGAGUCUUGACGGCUGAGGAGAGGAAGAUUGAAACGGAUAAUCGUGGAGAGAGGAAGACAGAGAGCGAGACGCCUCCAGAGGAUGAUUGCUGCCCGAUCUGUUUCAGCUCCUUUACUGUUCCAUGUCGUGGGAAUUGUGGCCAUUGGUAUUGCGGAAGUUGCAUCUUGCAGUACUGGAGCUAUGCUGCAGUAUCUAGGCCUUGCAAGUGUCCCAUGUGUGUUCGGCAUAUCACCAAGCUGUCACCAGAAGCAUCCUUGCAACAGUGCCAGGAGCAAGAGGUGAAGGAGGUUCUUGCUAAGGUCCGUAGAUAUAAUCGUCUCUUUGUUGGAGGUCUAACUGGCUUUGUUCAGAAGGUACAUGAGCUGCCUUUGCUAAUGAAGAGAUUGGUUUGGCACAUGAUGGAUCCAGAUGCAAACAAUCUGUAUUUCCACGAAGUGCGCAUCUUUGCAAUGUUCAUGAGUACCCUUUACACUGCUGCAGAGUUUAACUUCAUCCCAACGGGGGGGUUCAGAAUCGUGACGGUGUUUGACUACGCUGCUAUUGCAAUGAUCCUGAUUCUGCGCUUGGUGGGGAUUUAUCGGAGGAGACGUCUUGCUCAGCGGGUUAGACAUCUCGCAGCUGCAGAACUUGAACCGGAAUGAGACUAAAUGGGAACUUUAACAAACAAACUGAUGUAUUAACCUGUGAAGAUGUGUUUGUUCCUUGUGGAUAGGUUUAGUAAAUCAUAGAAAACCAUGAGUCUUGUGCAGAUUUACGGAGAAUAACUAUAUCUUUUGGCAUAUGCAUAUAUUCACUGGACCGUCUCCUUU